GCAGGGGACAACCCAGCCCAUCUCUCUCUCUCUCUCUCUCUCUCUGAAUUCUUCUUCAGUUGUUCUUCUCUCAAAACUCUCAAAUCCAUAUCUACCCCAUCAACUUUGAGUCAUGCAACAGGCAAUCCCAUACAGGAAUUGGCUGCGGGUGACGGCGGCGGCCGAUGGUCCAAUCGGACGGACGCCUCCGGCGGUUCAUGCCGAAACUUCCUCGGUGUCAGGGAAGAGUGUCAAGGGAAUGGUGUCGGAAAACGCUGUGAUAGUGUUUGGGAAAAGAGGGUGUUGUAUGAGCCAUGUGAUGAAGAGAUUGUUGUUGGGUUUGGGAGUGAACCCAGCUGUGUGUGAGGUUGAUGAAGCAGAUGAGGUGCGUGUGAUUGAUGAAUUGUCCACAGUUGGUGGUGGGAAAGACCACGGCAGACCCCAGUUCCCGGCGGUGUUCAUUGGAGGGAAGUUGUUUGGAGGGUUGGAUCGGCUCAUGGGUGCUCAUAUUUCUGGUGAUUUGAUACCUGUGUUGAAGCAAGCUGGGGCCUUGUGGCUUUGAUUAACUCAUUCUUUUCUCCUCUUCAAGCAAUUUUAUUGUGGGAGAGGAUUGCAGACAGCAGACUACUUUUCUUUUUCUUUUCCUUGAUAGAAUCGGGUCUUUUGUUCUUGCUGCUUUCUGCUUUCUUUUAGAGUUAGAAAUGGGAUGAUACAUACUGAAACAGAAACACAGAAAUAACUUGAGGGUUUGUAGAUUUGUAAGCUUUUCUUGUGUAGAUUAAUGGGCUUGAUUUGUUUGGAUUUGAAGAAAUGGGAAACUAUGAAUGUUAUCUCUCCAUCUUUCUCACUUGCAAAAAAAAAAAAGGAAAAAUAGAAGCUUCCUUCCGCUGUGCUUUUCGUUGCUUAUUCUUUUCUCAAAUUUUGAAUAAAGGUUUUGUUUCUCACCA